AUGGUGCGAUCGUAUCUUUUGGUCGGAAUCCUUGCCGCUCUCAGUCAAUCAGCUCACUGCUUGGAGUUCAACGAUGGAGUCAAGUCAAAAGUUGGUGACAGCCUACUCCCAUUGCUCCAUGAUGUUGAGGAUGCCACAACUGUGAGAUUCGGCGAGUCGUCCGAUGCCAGUAAGCAGGUGUGGAAGUUUAACACUGAGGGCCUCAAUGAUGAUGAGGCCGUUAUUACGCCUUCGGACUCCUCAAAAGCCCUCAUAUGCCGGCAAGGUAGCUCCUGCAGCCUGGAUCUUGACGGAGAGAAGCAAGCCUAUCGGGUUGUCAGAGUCGAGGAGGAAAAUCCCAUUUUUACUUUCCAAGACCUUGCCACCGGGCUGUUUGUGUCACGGUCACCCGACCUAUACCUGGAGUUGACCGAGGACCAAUCUGAGAACAUGUACUUCCUGUUGGACAAGACAGUCGGCCAACACGAGGAAAUCUAG